AACAGGCGCCCGAGCUAAUCAUUGCCAAUCUAGCAGAAUCAAGAGCACCCGAUUCUACAUGCACCUUGAGCUUAAACCAUCAUCAUGUCCAACGAACCUUGGGAACAAGAAAUUGAUUCAUUGAAGACGCAGCUGUCCCAGUUCAAAGAGCUCUUCCUAAACCAGAUCGCAGCCAAGGACUAUGACUCGAUCAAGUCAGAUGGGCUCGUUGAUAUUCUCAAGGAAGCCUCCACACUUGCUCGACGGGCUGAAGCACAGAACGAUCCAGAUAUAGAUGCAAUUGUUCAAUCUGUCUAUGAGUUGCACAAGGAUGGCGUCGACUUCGCUCAUGGCCCCGCAGAUGUCUUCGAAUACAUGCCGUCGUUUGCGCAUGACGACGAUGCAUCAAUUGUCAGAGAUCGCCAUCGAACGAUAGGACAAGGAGUCAUGGAUUCAUUCUUCCAAUUUAUGGCUGCUUACAUCAAGCGGAAGCCAGAUGGCAGUCUGCCAAAUCCCACACCUAGCCCUUGGAAGAAGGCUAGACAACCUCAUCCAAAGACAACACCUCUAUCUCGCUUUCGUAGGCCUUUUCCUGUCUCCGCAAAUGAUGAGACUCCGCUUGCGCAGACGAUCUACCAGGCUCGUUGCGAGAUUUAUGGACAUAACAUCCACUCUCCUAUCAAGAUGGAGAUGUCUUCCGGUAGUUCAUGUUUGGCCAUCAUCGGCGCUGGAGGUUGGAAAAACCGUGAUCCUAAGGUCACGUUAUAUUUCCUCGACGAGCUUGCCGAAAAUCCUUUGCAUGAUGGAGAGCACUUCACGCCUCAACUUAGGGAGCCCGCUACAGAAGUGGUUCUUGAUGAGGGACGCAAGUUGUUAUUCGUCGGCGAUUCUGAUCGAGUCAAGUCGUACUGCUGGGAGAAGGAUGAAGAAGGCAAACCCUUCUCGCCUGUGCACACUCUUCGAAGUAAAAAGCACGAUGGACCUCUUGCUGUUCACUCUAAUGGUCGGAUCCUACGUGCUGGGAAGGGGUCAGCUCUCGUUUGGAACAUCGACGACUUGGAGACUCACCGUGAACACAACAAGAUUGGAGAAGGACAAUACGACACAUCCGAUACUUGGAGAGAUGAAGACGCUAGGAUUGAGCCUUCUCCGGGUAGUCAACCACAUCUCACCGUAGACUUCCCCGAUCCCAAUUUUGCCAUCGGAACUUGGCAUCUUCACCAACCCUCUGGUCACAUGUUUUGCAGCGAGUCUGAAAUAAACACCACAAAAUGGGGCUGCGUCGAAAUGGACCUUCAAGCUGGUGGCAGGAUCGUACGCAGGUUCUUAGGUCAUGCAGGGACUGUCAAUCAGUUCUCCACAAGCGAGGCCGAUCCUAAUGUCGUCCUCACUGCGUGUGACGACGGAUUCGUUCGCAUGUACGAUAUCCGCCGCUCGCUUCCCAUUCUGACGUUCGAUGUGGAAGGACAAGCCUCUCGUUGCUAUUCUGCGUUACUAACUCAUCCCGAUGGCAUUCCAACUGUCUUCACCGGAGGCACCCGAUCGGAGCAAGUCAAAGUCUGGGACGUGCGUGCUCGCAGGGUGGUGUAUGAGCUCUCAAGUGGAAACACGGCUGUCCAGGCAAUGGCCUGGGACACUCAACACUCAACAUUAUAUGCUGCCACCGAAUGCAUGUACAUUGAUCGCUUUGGGAGGACGGUCGGUUACCGUCCGGCUGAGAAACCUAACUACAGGGAGUACACGGAUGAGCCUUCUGAGAAAGCAAGUGAUGAUGAAUCCAUUGGCAAGUCAGACGAUGCGGAAGAAGGGCAUGAAGACGCGGCAGAUGACGAUGAAAUGGAGGAAGGGGAGGACGAUGAUGAGAUGGAAGAGGGGGAGGAAGAGGAAGAGGAUGCAAUGGAGGAAGGUGCGCAGGCUUUAGAAGACGACGAAGACCAAAUGUACCAAGAUGCAAGUGACGACGAUGAAGAAGAUGGCGACGAUUACAAUCAACGGCGCUGGCCAAGGAAAGCCCAUCAUGGGGAGAACUUUUACGGUCGGGUGUAUGACGCAGCAGCGAAUAUGUUCUGUACGUGGUCUAUCUUAUGCAAGGCCUCCCAAGCUGAUUGCGCCUUUCAGUUCAAUACCGCUUCAAGGCUGAUCCAGAUAUGGACGUCAUGUUAUCUUCAGGAUAUGCCACGUUGGACGACGGGGAAUUGUGGUGAAAGAACCCCUCAAACACUGUUUCUGCCGGUUGAUAUGCUCCUCCACUUAAAAUUAUGAUUACUGCUCGUCGAUUUUGCGCAACAUACAUAUACCUACAUCCUGCUUGCUGAGGCAUUUCCUGACACCAGAUGACAUGUUACGAUAAGUUGCCAAUUAAACUUGUUACUUGACAGCAUUCCUAAUAACACAAACGAUCUCAAGUGCCAUAUCACGAGGGCUAACUGAUACUGUAAGUGCUUAUUACGUGAUGUAUGGAUCGUGUUUGCAUGAACAAGAUCUCUAGAAUAAAGUUCACAAACGAGAUACUCGAGCCUGGUUGAGGUGUACAGACUUAUCAUCCUCUGAAUUCUUUAAGAUGCUACCCUGCAGAUCUCCCGUGUAUUUGUUGUCGCGCAUCCACUUCUCAAGAGUGAGCAAGUUUGGAUGGAUACUUCUGAUCCAAUCCAUGUCCUUGACGAUGAUAUCAUCUCGCCAAAGUGACCACCAACCGCUGAAGUUCUCCCUCCAGGUCGUCGUCUGCACACUAGUGCCUCGUUGCUCGUUCGCGAGCGGUUCGUCGGCACCAUCGAAGUUCGCAAACCAUUCAUCUAAAGAUUGUUUCACAACGACGGCCUUCUGUCCUGUAACGGUCUGGAAUGUAGACACCAAGUAAUCCCAGCCGACCACAUCACUUGUGACGUCGAGGUUCUUCGUGGAUGUCCCUUCACGGUGAUCGAAGGUGUACCGAGCGAAGUACCCUAGAUCAGCGAGGGCGAUCAUAGGUACAUGACCGUUCCCGACUGGAGUGGCGAACACAUAGGUGCCAUCGGGUCGCUUGUUCAAAGGGCCAAACAUAUGCUAUGACAUCGUCAGUCAGAUUCUCAAAGUUAUAAGCUCCGAAACACCUCACAUUGUAGAGCAUCUCCAUAUAUGGGCUUGUCGUAACCUGGCUCCAGGACAUUC